GAUCUGUAUCAAUCUGGUGGGGGGUGGGUGGUGAUCAUUUUUAAGUUGAACUUUGGCUGGAAUCUACCUAUAAAAGGAGAAGCUCCAAGAGAACCUAAGUUGAGAGUUGAAGCGUAAAAGAGAGUAUCAUCAUCAGAUUAUUAUCUUUCUCUUCAGCUUUCAAGGUCUUUGGAAGUUAGGAUUUUGAAAAAAAUGGAUGGAAAAAUGAGUUGGACAGUUGCAGAUGCCGUAGACUACAAGGGGUUCCCUGCAGAUAAGUCUAAAACGGGUGGUUGGGUGCCUGCUGCUCUUGUUCUUGGGAUUGAAAUAUGUGAGAGGCUUUCAACCAUGGGAAUAGCAGUAAAUCUUGUGACAUAUCUGGGAGGGACAAUGCACCUGCCUAGUGCAAUCUCAGCAAAUAUCGUGACUGAUUUUAUGGGCACAUCCUUUCUUCUGUGUUUGCUUGGAGGAUUCCUGGCAGAUUCUUUCCUAGGCAGAUUCAAAACCAUUGCAAUCUUUGCCAUGAUACAAACACUGGGAACUUGCAUGUUAGCAAUAUCGAUGAAACUGCCACAGCUACGCCCACCUCCAUGUGACAAAAGUAAUGCUACACACACAUGCAAACAAGCCAAUGAAUUCCAAAUGGGAAUUCUAUACAUGACUUUGUAUCUGAUUGCAUUAGGCACUGGUGGCCUAAAAUCAAGUGUCUCAGGGUUUGGGACUGAUCAAUUUGAUGAGAAAGAUGAAAAAGAGAAAGCCCAAAUGACACACUUCUUCAACAGGUUCUUCUUCUUCAUUAGCACUGGGACUCUGAUGGCUGUUACGGUGCUUGUCUACAUACAAGACGAAGUGGGUCGAAGCUGGGCUUAUGGAAUAUGUUCUGUGUCAAUGUUCAUAGCCAUCCUGGUCUUCCUAUCUGGAACUAAAAGAUACAGGUACAAGAGAAGCUUGGGAAGCCCUAUAGUUCCCAUUUUCCAAGUUAUAGUGGCUGCCAUAGGGAAGAGGAAAAUGGAACUCCCUUUCAAUGUCAACUCACUAUAUGAAGAUUCUCUGGAGGCUACACGAAUCCAGCAUACAAAUCAGCUCCGUUCCUUGGACAAGGCUGCAAUUGUUGCAAAAGGCGAUUUUGAGAAAAAUGCUGGUUCCACUCCAAAUCCUUGGAAGCUUUGCUCAGUGACAAGGGUGGAGGAAGUGAAAAUGAUGGCAAGACUCCUUCCAAUAUGGGCCACAACCAUCAUGUUUUGGACUACAUAUGCUCAGAUGAUCACCUUCUCAGUGGAGCAAGCAUCCACCAUGGAAAGAUCCAUCAGUAAUUUCCAAAUUCCAGCUGGUUCUCUCACCGUCUUCUUUGUGGCAGCCAUUUUGAUCACUUUGGCAGUUUAUGACCGUUUCAUUAUGCCUAUUUGGAAGAAAUGGAAAGGAAAACCAGGAUUCAGCAGCCUACAGAGAAUUGCCAUAGGCCUCAUCCUCUCAACAGUGGGAAUGGCAGCUGCUGCACUAGCAGAGGCGAAACGCCUCACCGUGGCAAGAGCUACCAGCACUACCACCACAACUCUCCCCAUAAGUGUAUUCCUACUGAUCCCGCAGUUCUUCCUGGUUGGUGCUGGAGAAGCCUUCAUAUACACUGGCCAGCUUGACUUCUUCAUAACUCAGUCUCCUAAAGGAAUGAAAACCGUGAGCACAGGCCUCUUCCUCACAACUCUGUCUCUUGGGUUCUUUCUUAGUAGCUUCUUGGUCUCAGUUGUGAAGAGGGUCACUGGAAGUGAUGGUGGACGAGGAUGGCUUGCUGAUAAUAUAAACUAUGGAAGGCUUGAUUGCUUUUAUGGGCUUUUAGCCAUAUUAAGCUUCAUUAACUAUGUAAUAUUUUUUGUUUUUUCAAUGUGGUACAAGCCAAGGAAGCCACAAUCAGCAGCUUUGCAGAUGGAGAAUAUUGCGGUUAAUGGGUCCUCUGCUGAGGAGUGCUAGCUACAUACACAGUGGUGUAUUAUGAGACUGCUUAAUUUCUUCUUUUGUCAAAAUACAUUCUGGGAAGAGGUUUUGUGGUUUGUGUCUCUGUCUUCUAUUUUUCAUCAAUAGAUCAAAUCAAUGGCUUUGGUUUCUCUA